AUGUCAGUAAUUCCGUAUAAUAAUGGGAAUAAAGAUGUACUAUAUCAUAAUCCAAAUGAUGGAGUUUUGGUGGUACAUGAUCGACAAGAAAAUACAAUUAGUUUGGUAUCCACUAUGACCCCUGAUACACGGUCUGAGAAUCAUAACAGACCAAGAACAUCAUCACAAUCAUUUACAAGUGACCAAUUCCCUCAUUCAUCAGGUCUUACCAAGUGUCCAAAUUGUGGGUUCACCUGGAACGAAUAUCCUAAUACCACUUCUGGAAGAAGGGGGUCGCAAUCAAGUGGAAGUUUGUUCAAUAUAUCAUUACCUAAAGAGUAUCUCUCACAAGGGUUUAUGCAUACAGAUUAUUUUAAACUAUUGGGGAAAAUACCUACUGCCGAAGAACGAACAACGAAACCAUCUAUUAGGAAUUCUCCAUUACCUGAUGGAAUUUUUAAUCAAGGAUAUUUCAAACGAUUUUUCAAAAAAAUCGAUCCUUUCACACUUGGGUCAGGGGCACACGCACAGGUUUACAAAGUAAAUCACGUGUUGAAUGACAUCAACUUAGGAACUUAUGCAGUGAAAAGAAUCAACGUGGGAGAUCAAUUUGAAUUUCUCGACCAGGUUUUAAAUGAAGUUUUAAUAUUAUAUGAAUUAUCAACAACCGCAGCCAAUGAGAAUAACUUGAUUCGGUACAACCAUGUUUGGUUAGAAAUGGGUGAAUUGGAUGAUCUGUCUGCAUAUUUCCUUCCCUCGUCCCUGCUGAAUGAAAAAUCAAGACAAACAACUGUCCCUUAUGUGUUUAUUUUGCAACAAUAUUGUGAUGGUGGUCAUUUAGAAGAUUUGAUCAAUAAUAAUUUUACCGUUGAAGAAAAUCUAACAUGGAAACAAAAGGUGGAACUAGAGCGGAAGAAGAGAAGAGCAGAGAAAAUGGGCCAACUGGACACCAAUAAACUGAAAUGGCUAACCACUUUUGAGAUUUGGAAGUUUUUUCAUGAUGUAGCAAACGGUGUUAAUUAUUUACAUAAAAAUGGUAUUUUACAUCGAGAUAUGAAACCAUCCAAUUGUUUAUUAGAUGUCAAGUACCGAAAGUUUGAAGAUCAUGUACAGAAGUUCUCAAGUUUGGAAGAAUUCGAAUCAAGAGUUUUUGAUUUGCCAAAAGUGUUGGUUUCUGAUUUUGGAGAAGGAAAGUUUAUCGAAAAACGACACAAUACUGCGUUGGAAAAGUUGACUGAUAGACAAGGGAAUACCGGUACUUUGGAAUUCACCGCUCCAGAAUUGUGGCUAUAUUCCAAUGAUCCAACAUUAGGUGGUGAUAGCAAGAAAUUUUUCAAUGAUUUUACAUAUCAAAGUGAUAUCUACUCAUUAGGGUUGAUUUUGUGUUAUUUGUGCAUUGGGAAGUUGCCAUUUUCUGGUAUUGUUAGAGACGAAAAUGAUCCACAGGAGGCAAGAAACAAAAUUUUGAAUUGGUAUUCUACAUUGACAUUUGAGUGUUUUAGUGAAUGGUUUGAAGAGCAAAUCAUCCAACGAGAGGGUAAAGUGGAUGACUGUAUGAGUGAUUUUAAAGAUUUAAUUUAUGUGAUGAUUAAGGGUGAUAAAACCAGCUCAGGAGGUUCUUCAGAUUCAAGAAUUGGAUCAAAGGAAGUAUUGGUACAAUUGAAUGAAAUCAAAUGGAAGAGGUUCAUUGAAUCUGAUGGUAUUAGAAACCGCACAUACAGUAGAGAAUCUGCCAACUUCAAUGAUACAGCUAUUAGAGAAGAAGAAGAGACAUUGAUGUUGUACAAACCAUACCAUACUGAGGUUGCCAUAGCUGAUGAUCAAAAUAGAUCAAAGCAAACAAUCGCCCAAGAUGACGAUGAUGAUGAUGAUGAUGAAGAAGACGUCGAGUAUGAAAAACUAUAUGAAUCUGAUCAUAUUAAUUUAACUGAAGAUGAACUUGAGGAUGAUGCGGCACAAGAUUUUAUUGAGAAUAUGACGACACUGAAUAAUGAAUAUCUUCAAUUGCAUAGAUACACGGCCGUUCCAUUCUACUGUUUCGAGUUGCUACUUUUAGAGUAUCUUUCAUACUUUUCUCCUAGUUUUAACAAAUCUAUGUUGAAGAUUGGAAUCUUUAUUUCAAUUGCAAUGGAUCUUGUCUUUGCUGAUCGAACUAAAAUUAGAACUGUCAUGUUCGUAUGUACUUCCAUGAUAUUGUCAAUUUUCCUAGCAUAUGAGCUUGGGCGUCCCGACAUUUAA